UGGAUGAGACAGACUGGGCUCCUCUGCCGGACGAUGAGGAUGAAGAACAUUGGCCGUCCGGAGCGGAGUGGGCUUCUCUGCCGGACGAUGAGACUGAAGGGCCUGAGGUAUCGGCGGCACGAAUGGAGAUCACUAGCGAUGAAGAGCCGGAGGAGGCUGUUCGUGAACUCGUCCUGUUGUGGACACUAUCUCUUGCUUCCACUCGAUUUUACGGCUGCGCAGAAGACGGCGGCAUUGGAGCUGCAA